CUUAUUAUCAAAGGGCGGCUGGGAGCAAGGCAUUUCAGCGCAUCUGGAAAUGUGUGGCAAUCUGUAAACGCUCCCGAGGUGACCUGAGAUCCCGGCUGUAAGGUAAGCUGACCCAGGUGGGAACGGUUCUCCGAUCCAAGCGCUGCUAGAGCCCGGACCCUCUAGCCCGGGGCUGCUUCCGGAACCCGUGCGUGCUGGCCCGGCCACUCCGGGGGCGGGGCGAGCGCCGCGCAUGCGCCGGUGUUGGACCGCGCCGGGCCGGGCCGGGGGCGCGAACCCUGUGAUUUGGAUGUCUGGGCUGCGAGCGUUGCUAGGGCUCGGGCUGCUGGUUGCGGGCUCGCGCCUGCAGCGAAUCACAACCCAGACCAGCGCCUGCCGCUCGGGACCGACCUGGUGGGGACCGCAGCGGCAGAACUCGGGUGUCCGCUGGAACUCAGAGGUCAUGGCUAGCACGGCGGUGAAGUACCUGAGCCAGGAGGAGGCCCAGGCCGUGGACCAGGAGCUAUUUAACGAGUACCAGUUCAGCGUGGACCAACUUAUGGAGCUGGCCGGGCUGAGCUGUGCCACAGCCAUCGCCAAGGCAUAUCCCCCCACGUCCAUGUCCAGGAGCCCCCCUACUGUCCUGGUCAUCUGUGGCCCGGGGAAUAAUGGAGGAGAUGGUCUGGUCUGUGCUCGACACCUCAAACUCUUUGGCUACCAGCCAACCAUCUAUUACCCCAAAAGGCCUAACAAGCCUCUCUUCACUGCGUUGGUGACCCAGUGUCAGAAAAUGGACAUCCCUUUCCUUGGGGAGAUGCCCUCAGAGCCCAUGGUGAUUGAUGAAUUGUAUGAGCUGGUGGUGGAUGCCAUCUUUGGCUUCAGCUUCAAAGGUGAUGUUCGGGAACCGUUCCACAGCAUCCUGAGUGUCCUGAAGGGACUCACUGUGCCCAUUGCCAGCAUCGACAUUCCCUCAGGGUUGCUCUGUCACCCAGGCUGGAUGGAGUGCAGUGAUACAAUCAUGGUCCAUUGCAGCCUCAAACUCCUGGGCCCAAGCAAUCCUCCCACCACAGCCUCUCGAGUCGCUGGGACCACAGGCACAUGCCACCACACCUGGCUAAUUUUUGCUUUUGUACAUACAGGGUUUUGCCAUGUUGUCCGGGCUGCUCUCUAACUCCUGGGCCCAAGAGAUCUGCCCACCUCUGCUUUCCAAAAUGCUGGAAUUACAAGUGUGAGCCACCAUGCUUAACUCAUUUAAUCUUGAUAGUCUUGUGAGACAGAUAUUAUUAUUAUUUUACAAAUGAGGAAAACAAGGCCUGGGUUUCUUGCCUAAGGUUACAUGGCUAGUAAAUAAUGGAGCUGGAAUUAAACGAUGGAGCUAGAAUAUAAGCCCACGUUGCCUGACUCCAAAGUGGUCCUCUUUCUUUCUUUUCUCUCUUCUUUCUCUUUUUUCUCUCUCUCUCCCUUUCUCCCUCCCUCCCUCCUUUCUUUUGGAGUCGCAGCCUGUCACCCAGACUGGCGUGCAAUAGUGUGAUCUUGGCUCACUGCAACCUGUGCCUCGCAGCCUGAAGCAAUUCUCCUGCCUCAGCCUCCCUAAUAGCUGUGACUACAGACGUGUGCCACCAUGCCCGGCUAAUUUUUGUAUUUUUAGUAGAGAUGGGGGUUUCACCAUGUUGGCCAGGCUGGUCUUGAACUCCUGACCUCCGGUGAUCCACCCAACGGAACCUCCCAAAGUGCUGGGAUUACAGGUGUGAGUCACGGUGUCCGAGCAAGAACUGAUGUUCUUCAUCACUACACUCUUCAGUCUCAAGCUUUUUGUGCUUUCUCCUGUAAGACCACAGUCUAACCCUUGUCGCAGUAAUUCAAAACUACAUGCCCUGGAAGUAAGAGACCAGCUUAAUUCCGCAACUCCAGAGCACGUAACGCGGCGUACAUUCAGUCGUUAUUUGUUGAACUGAAUGAGUGGGAAUGGCUUUAACGGAUUUUCAAUGGAACUGGACAGAAGCUGUGCACCCCAGUGUUUCUGAAAGCUGUGCUCACACUUUGGACACUGUCCCCUCUACAGUCUGCGUUUUCAGAAGUGGCCCCAGGUCCACUCGUCUUACAGCAGUCCGAAAGAGCCGGCUGCACUUUCCCUAGCCUUCCUUGCUCUUGAUGUCUAAAUUCUAGCCCUCCUAUCACAGCGCCACUAGGAUAAAAAAUACUCCGCUCCUCUUACAUUUGCUACUAAGCCCGGGCUCCGACUACCACCGUUCCGGGAAGGGGGCCCCUUACCGUCAUUGCCGGAUCCUCUCCGCGGAAACAUGUGUCAAACGUGACUUGUGCGUCGCCAUCUUCCCGGAAAUGCCAUGUUGUUCCUUCUAGGCUGUAAAAACCAUAGAGAUGUCCGCGGGCCCGAAAACCACGGUCCUCCCAAGAGAAACCAUUGCGUAGGCCAAGUAGCCGGUAUGGUUGCCAUAGAAACUGGGACCUGGAGCGUGCCCAUUUCGGAGGUUCAGAGGCUCAAGGAUUUGCCUCAUGCCUGCAAUCCUUGACCAGCCAAGGGACUUCAGCACUAAGUAGCCCUCUCAGGAUGCCAAGAACUGCUGUGUGUCCUACACUGAGCUAGUCCCGGGUACAAAUAUCAGGAAGCAAAACUCUAGGGAAGCUUCAAGAGUAGCUUGAGAAAUUCGUGGAGGCAGAAUAGGUGAUGGCUAUUCUGUGUCCUGACAACUGUGUCCUGAUUUUGCAGGAUUGAAUACUCAUGAAUACUCAGCCUUCACAGGAACAGUUAUUUAUACAAGCCUAGAGACUAGACAUCUCAAUAGGUUCAUUAAGCACUUUUUUUCCCUCCCGGAGACAGGAUCUCUGUGCCCAGACUUGAGUGCAGUGGCACGAUCUUGGCUCACUGCCACCUCUGCCUCCUGGGCUCAAGUGAUCCUCUCACCUCAGCCUCCUGAGUAGCUGGGACCACAGGCAUGCACCACCAUUCCUGGCUAAGUUUUGAAUUUUUUGUAGAGAAGGGGUCUUGCCACGUUGCCCAAGUUGGUCUCCAACUCCUGGCCUCAAAUAAUAAACACUCCUCGGCCUCCCAAAAUGGUGGGAUUACAGGCCUAAGCCACCAUGAUCGGCCUCAUCAAACACUUUUCGACUUACCACUGUGUUGAGAAACAUUAAGUUUGCCCUGCCCCCAUGGCUCCUCUGUGGAGGAUACCUUUUAGUUUGUAAUUAGUGGUAGGCGUGUAACAGCUGCCUCCUUGGUAUAUUCUUGAGUUAUGUGUAAAUGUAGAGCACCUGUGUAUUAAUAAGAAUUACCUGUCAAAGAGCAAAUAAAUGCGUGGAUGAGAAUCUGCUCUGGGCCUUUAGUCUGGAGAGCUGUCAGCCCAGCAGGCUUUCAGGCUGUUAGUCCCCAGGUUAGAUCCACUCUGUUGUGCUAGCUGGGUGACUGCCUCUCAGAUACCUUCAGCGCUGCCUGGUUGGCUGUCUCCCGACCAAGCUAGUUCUCGGUACCACUGUGUGCCAGAACUUGUCCCUUUGGUAGCGGGGGAUACAAAGAUGCAUAAGUCAUGGGUCUUGAUUUCGGGUAACACCCAGUCUAGCCUGGGAAAGUUGGGACCUUGAGUGGGAUUGGAUGGAGGACAUGGCCAGUGAGACUUGGAGAAAGACGCAGGAUGGGCGAGGCUUGGUGGCUCCUGUACUUUGGGAAACCAAGACAGGAAGAUAGCUUGUGCCCAGGAGUUCGAGACCAGCCUGCCUGGGCGACAUGGCGAGACACCAGUUCUACGGGCAAACUUGAGUUUUGCCGUGGUGUCUUGCAGUCACUGAGAAAAUUCCACAGGCAGGGCUUCAAUUUCCACACACCCCCUACCUCUCCAUCUCUUCUAUUCCUUGUAUCUAAAAGGAAUUUUAAAUUCAUACAUAUAUGUAGGUACACACAUAUAUACAUAGUCAUGUGUGUGUGUAUAUAUACAUGUAAUAUAUAACAGUUUUAAAAAUUCUGAAUGAGAUAACCCUCAAGGUCCCUUUCCAACCUAGAGUUUUUGUGUGAUGCACUUUGCCAGCCACUCCGAAGACUUAAUGGCCAUAAAUCUUUGAAUGAAGAUUCCUAGUCUGGCCUAAGUCGAGCUUACCAUUCUGCCUGACUCGAUGAGGGAUUGCAAGAGAAAUGGGUCUCAAGGAGUUCACAGUUUAAUGGGGUCUCAUACCUCCUUGCAAGCAUAGAAAUAAAGGCCAUUAUUAGAAAACAAGAAUACAUAAAUACUUAUAAAGAAAUGACCUAAAAUGCUGAUAACAAGAUGCAUAGGAAUAUUUAUUACAGUAACAUUUAUAAAAUGGAAAAAUUGGCAAGAAUCAAAAUUAUCUCCUGACAGGAGAAAGGCAAAAUAAAUUACAAUGUAAACAUACAAUGGACUAAUGUGUAGUCUUCAAAAAUUAUGUUGAAUAAUUUUUUUUUUUGAGAUGAAGUCUUGCUCUGCCACCAGGCUAGAGUGCAGUGGUGUGAUCUCAGCUCACUGCAACCUCCACUUCCUAGGUUCAAGCGAUUCUCCUGCCUCAGCCUCCUGAGUAGCUGGGACUACAGGUGCGCGCCACCAUGCCUGGCUAAUUUUUGUAUUUUUGCAUUUAGUUUCACCAUGUUGGCCAGGAUGGUCUCAAUCUCUUCACCUUGUGAUCUGCCUGCCUCAGCCUCCCAAAGCACUGGGAUUAAAGGCAUGAACCCCCGAGCCUGGCCAAAGAAUUCUUAAUAGCUUGGGUACAUGUCUGUGAUGUAAUUGAAAUGAAAGAAAAUACAAAAUAUUACCUACAGCAAGAACCUAUCUAUGUUAAAAAUUCAAAGGCAAUAGGAUCAAAAGUAAUAAAAUACUUAGGAAUAAAUUUAACAAAAGAAGUGCGAGCUUUAUACAUUGAAGCUACAAAACCUCAUUGAAAAAAACUAAGAAGAGCUAAGUAAAUGGAAAGAUAUCCGGUGUUCAUGAAAUGGAAGACAAUAUUGUUAAGAUGACAAUGCUCUCUAAAUUGAUCUAUAAUUUCAACACAAUCUCUAUCAAAAUCCCAGCUGGCUUUUUUUUUUUUUUUUUGCAUAAAUCAACAAGCUCAUCCUAGAAUUCAUAUAGAAAUGUAAAGGGCCAGCUGGGCCCAGUGGCUAACACCUGUAAUCCCAGCACUUUGGGAGGCAGAAGCAGGAGGAUCACCUGAGGUCAGGAGUUCGAGAUCAGCCUGGACAAUAUGGUGAAACCCCAUCUCUACUAAAAAUACAAAAAUUAGCCAAGUGUGGUGGCACAAGUCUGUAAUCCUAGCUAUUUGGGAGACAUGAGAAUCGCUUGAACCUGGGAGGUGGAAGGUGCAGUGAGCUGAGAUCAUGCCAUUGCAUUCCAGCCUGGGUGACAGGGUAAGACUCUGUCUCAAAAAAAAAAAAAAAAAAGAGAGAGAGAGGUGUAAUCCUUAGACCUCAGCCUCCUGAGUAGCUGGGACCACAGGCAUGGCCCACCACAUCUGGCUAAUUUUAGUAUUUUUUGUGGAGAUGGGGUUUCGCCAUGUUGCUCAGACUGGUCUCCAACUCCUGGGCUCAAGUGUUCCUCCUGCCUCGGCCUCCCAAAGUGCUGGGAUUACAGGAGUGAGCCACUGCGCCCAUCCUAAGCCCCCUACUUUUGAUACCUGAUCACCCUUGAUAUCUGAUCAGGUUCCUCAUCCUUCACCAGCCAUCCGGUGAUAUCUGAUUACCCAAGCCUGUCUUCAGCAAGAAUCUUGUAAGGUUUUAGCACAAAUCCCCUUUACCCCUGGUGUUUUCUCUUAAUAAUUUCCCAUCUACUGACCACCACCCUGCACCUCGCUUAUAAAUUCCCACUUCCCAUGCUGUAUUGAGAGUUGAGCCCAAUUUCUUGUUCUCUCCCACUGCAAAAUCCCAUUGUGGUGGUCUCCAUACCUAUCUCAAUGAUCCUGAAUAAAGUCACCUUACCAUGCUUUAA